UUUAUUAAUGACAGUAUACCCGGGCCUCAGUAUAAAACCACUCUACACGUUGUUUGAAAACAAAGCCUUCAAAUCGACCUGUUAUAAGAUAAUAAACGCACUUCAACAACGAUAACAUAUACCAACUUUACUCAUGUCUACUUCACAAUGCUAUAUGUAUUCUGAAAACGAACAGAAUCCAUACGCUGUAAAAAGUGCUCUUUAUACAGUCAGAUUUGAUUUGCUUGGGAAGUCAGCUGGGAAUACUAGAAAUGUCUGCUCUUGGUAAAAUAUUCUGUGUGAUAACAGGAGGAAGCCGUGGUCUUGGAAGAAGUCUUGCUAUAGCGAUAUCUAGAGUUGUAUCAGAUGGAUCAACUAUUAUUCUCACUGCAAGGAGUACAGAAGCACUAUCAGAAACAUCAAAAAUGGUCGCUGAAACUAACGCAAACGUCACGGUUAAAUCUGUUGUCGCUGAUCUUGGAAAUUUAAGUGCAUUUGAAGUAAUGUGCACUGACAUAUUAGAUGGUGUCGAUGCUAAGGAUUAUGCCCAGGCAAUACUUAUUCACAACGCUGCUAGUCACAUGGGUAUGACGAAGUUCAAAGGCUCUGAGAUUGAUGAUCCAAACGCUGUAUCCAACUAUUGUAAUAUGCACUUUUCCAGUACUGUAUGUUUGACGUCAAAAUUCAUCAGUGCUUUUAAAGGAACCAGGAGAGUUGUGGUGAACGUGAGCAGUGCCGCAGCAGUCAACCCGACUCCAACCCGUUCAUUAUACUGCUCUAUGAAGGCUGCUCGAGUUAUGUUCCUAAGGGUCAUGGCAGCCGAGGACCCAGAUAUACGUCUCCUAAACUACGAUCCAGGUCUCAUGAAAACAGACCUGCUGGUAAAUGGAAUUGCAGACUCGUUCAAUCCAGAAUUCUGGGAGGGGAAGAUAGAUGAAUUUGAUAAGAAAGGACUCGUUGUUUCAGCUGACACAAGCGCAGAAAAGUUAAUACUUGCCCUCAAAAUGGAUAAGUACGAGAACGGAUCAACAGUCAGCGUUGGGGAUCAGAUUAUCCCAAAAAUAUGAGCUAGCUUAAUAUGCCGGUCUUCUGUUGGCCUCAAUGAGAAAACUAACAAUAACAAUGAUCUGUGACCCAGUUCAAUUGUAAUGUGAUGAUCAGAUACAAAAUAUAACAAUAAUUUUCUCUGGCAAUGAGGACAACCAGGUGAAUGACGGGGACUGAGAUGGAACAAUCGUCCUGUCACUCUUUGACGAGGUACUCCUAAGAACUCAUAUCUUAUACUAUCUAUCAAAUCGUUUCAGGAAUAUCGAAUAGAUUACGACAUAUUAAUUCAUUCAUUUCAACAUAUAAUGUUUUUCAAUUUACUUAAUGAACCUAAAACUAAGAAUAA